UGAUUGCAAGAAAAAUUCAUUUCCUGGAUCCUUUAAUGUGCUCGCGCGCAGAAAUCCAACAAUUUGGUGGAACGCACCCUUAAGUGCACCUUUCGGUGUAUGUAACCGCGUGGGAGGGUAAAAUAGUGUUCAUACAUUGAAGAAGAGCACAAGGUUGUAAACAAAAAAAUGUAUUAAAAUCAAUUGCGGCUAUCCUUUUAAAAAACUGCUUUCUACUCAAAACCUCUCAUAUGAAAGUGAUACAUUUGUAAUAUACGCUGUAUUAAUAAAUAACGACUUCGUUUUGUUUGAACAGUUCAGCUUUUUGUUACUAGAGAAUUUUAAGGACUUCAUGAAGUUUAGUAGAACUUCAGACUGGCACGACAAACUGAUGACGCCCACCUUAAUGAACUUGUUAUUCCAACGUAUAGUUUGCACCACUCUUAAUACCUGGAUUGCAACCAGGACCGAUUUACUCCAAGUACAGGUUUUUAAUAAAGUACUUUGCCACAAAACAGAUUAUGCGUGCGCGUGCGAUGCAUGGGUGCGUGCGAUCGGUCGAUAAACACCCAUGCGAUCGGCCGGCACGUACUCGCUCCUCGUUUUACAGAAAAAAAAUCAAGUUAAUAAAUGCUGUAUCGAAAUUCAUUCGCUGCUGAAUUUGGCGGGAUCACAAUCAAAACCAAACAGCGAUUGCUUUUCCCGAAGGCUGAUGCAAUCGCAAACUUUGAAGUAGAUUUCCAAGAUUGUGCAUUUUUUUUCCGGGUGUGUGACAUGCUUUUCCUUCCUCCAUGCGUGCACGCGUAUAUUUGGGGAAAAGGUUCAUGUGCACAAAACCUCUCACAGUCCGGUGUUACUUUUAUAUCGCUGUUGUUUAAUAACGGUUGGGCCUGUUUGAACUGCUAAGCUUGAUGGACUUAAUUAAGUUUAAUAAACCACCAAGACCAAUCAGAGCACGACAAACGGACGACGCCCAUCUUAACUAAGACUUUAUUUAAACGUACAGUUAGUACUACGCUUACUACCUGGAGCUGCAAGCAGGAUAGGUUUACUCCAAAUGUAUGUUUUAAAUAAAGAUGUUGGAAACAACAAAAUCAUAAAAUCAUACCAGUGUGUGUUCUUUGGUUACACUGUACGUUCUCUCACACCGUUUAAGGGAAAAAAAAAUCAAGUUGGAACUCAUUUCAUGUGAAAAAACUUGUUUUCAUUUCAGCAGGGGAGAGUCAACAUGUCGAGGAUUCCAGGUAGCACAGUGAAUUUCUCUGUCUUUCUUUUCAAAGCUUAAAAAUUUUCAAGGAGGGACAGUAGUUGAAGCCAAGGGAGAUGAAAUGACAAGAAUUUUCUGGGAAACAAUCAAAGAGAAGUUGAUCCUGCCCUAUGUCGACUUGGACAUCAAGAGCUUUGACCUCAGCAUACAGAACAGAGAUGCUACCGAUGACCAAGUGACUGUGGAGUGUGCCAAAGCCAUCAAGCAGUACAAUGUUGGAAUCAAAUGUGCAACGAUAACACCGGACGAGAAGAGGGUUACAGAGUUCAAUCUGAAGAAGAUGUGGAAAUCACCCAAUGGCACAAUCCGUAACAUCCUGGGCGGGACCGUCUUUAGGGAGGCCAUCAUCUGCAAGAACAUUCCCCGGCUGGUGGUUGGCUGGAACAAGCCCAUUGUGAUUGGUCGUCAUGCGCAUGCUGAUCAAUAUAAAGCCACAGAUUUUGUCGUUCCUGGUCACGGGAAGGUGGAGAUAAAAUUCACUCCAGACGACGGUGGUGAGGUCAUCAACUUCACCAUCAAUGACUUCAAAGAUGGCGGAGGGGUUGCCAUGGGGAUGUACAACACCGACAAGUCCAUCCGUGAUUUCGCAUAUAGCUCCAUGAACUACGCGUUGGAAAGGAAGUAUCCACUCUACCUUAGCACCAAGAACACAAUUCUGAAGAAGUACGAUGGCCGGUUCAAGGACAUCUUCCAAGAGAUAUACGAAAGUGACUACAAGGCCAAGUUUGAGGCAGCGGGUAUCUGGUAUGAGCACCGACUCAUUGAUGACAUGGUGGCUUACGCCAUGAAAUCCGAGGGAGGAUUCAUGUGGGCGUGCAAAAACUAUGACGGCGAUGUGCAGUCGGACAGUGUAGCACAAGGGUACGGUUCUCUGGGCAUGAUGACCAGUGUAUUGGUCUGCCCUGAUGGGAAGACGGUCGAGUCGGAGGCCGCACACGGCACCGUCACACGCCACUACAGGCUACAUGAAAAGGGCCAAGAGACAUCCACCAAUUCAGUCGCAUCCAUCUUUGCUUGGACGCGAGGCCUGGUACACCGGGCCAAACUGGACGGCAACGCCCAGCUUGCCAAGUUCGCCAAGGACCUGGAGGCCUCGUGCGUUGAGGCGAUAGAGGCUGGUUUCAUGACCAAAGACCUGGCGAUAUGCAUCAAAGGAAUGAACAAUGUGCAGCGCUCGGACUACCUGAACACCUUCCAGUUCAUCGACAAAGUCGCCGAGUUCCUGGCCGUGAAGGUCCAGAGUCGUCUGUAACUGAAAUACCGCAGGUACAUGGAGGUUUCAGACCAGGAUCGUAAUCACUUUAUUUCCUAGUGGCUUCCAAAAAAGAUAGUAAGUCAUUCAAUGAACUGAUGCGUUCACUUGACGUUACCGUCACUUUAAGCUGGUUUUUUUUGCCAGGAAAGAUAGUUGCUAUAAAAAAAAAACUCUGGCAACAUGUCCGAUAAUGACAGCUCAACUGAAUAAUGCGUUCGUCAUCCCGAGAAUAAUAAACACUCUUGCUCUGCAGCCAGGUUUGGACACGGGCAAGGGUGUGAUGAUAUGCAUCGGCGCCAUCUAACCUUUAAUGAUCCCGUUGUUCAUCUGAAACCUGCUGGUUUGAAAUAGACCUUGAUGAAAUCAUUUGCCACUUCCUGAAGUACCAUUUUUAGACAUUUACAAUGUAUAAAUAGUUUAACAAUAUUUUUUUUCUCCAAAGGCAUAAUUUACAUAACUAAAAACAUAUAAAUUUAUAUGUUGAGAAACCUGGAUUUCAACGGUAGAAAUACAUGUACAGUGUAUGUAACCGUUGUUGUUGUGUACCUCAAAAUAUUGAACAGCUUGUCUUAAAUCUUUCCGUGGAAAAGUGCAGCUUUUCCAUAUUCUGCCUCUUCCCAACGCAAAGGGCAAAAUUUGAAAAAUCCAACCCUCUAAUAGUAGAAAAAUUGGUGAGCUGUACCAGUGGACGAUUUAUUUAGAAACACCAGACCUCAACGUAACUCUCCAUUUGUCUCCAUACAUUUCAAUGAUUUUUUUUUUCAAGCUGUCAAGUGAUAAUCAUUCUUUUAUUGCAGCCGCUGCAUAGUCUGAUAAGUGUACAUAUUCCAUAACAUUCCAAUUACGUUUUGCUUGGCUUGUUAGCUGCUUGUUGUGUCAGUUAUUCUGAUGUGAUUGGGUGCUGAUGGGAGAAACCUUGAAAAUGUGACACAUUAUGCAAUGCAUGUCGUCACUUGUCACAGCAUGUCGUCACUUUUGCCAAACAUGCAGACCUGCCAACCUAGCCGGACUCCUUCCAGGGGUCAGGCAUUACCACACAAUAGAUUAAAAAGGUAUUUAAAU